AAAACCACAAGCGAAGAACUUGGCCUGCAAAACCCAUGGAUUUGCCUCCAAGUUUUCUUCUUUGCCUUUUCAUAUUUGCAUCAUCAGCCUUAUUUCUACUCAUCCGAAGAAGAAACAAAAACGACAAGCUCCCUCCAGGUCCACCGGGAUGGCCUAUUUUCGGCAACAUGUUCGACCUUGGCACCAUGCCGCAUCGGACCCUGACCCGCUUUCGAGACGAGUAUGGUCAAGUCAUAUGGCUCAGGUUAGGAGCCGUUAAUACCAUGGCAAUCCUUUCGACGAAAGCGGCCACCGUUUUCAAGAAACAUGAUCUCGCCUUCGCCGAGCGCAACCUCACCGAAACCAUGCGCGUCUACGAUUACCACAAGAGCUCGGUGGCUUUAGCCCCGUAUGGGUCAUACUGGCGCGUGAUGAGGCGCUUGGUCACCGUGGAUAUGUUGGUUAACAAGCGGAUAAACGAAGCAGCUACCAUACGGAGAAAAUGCACCGACGACAUGCUUCGGUGGAUCGAAGAAGAGACGAGGAAGAUUCAAGGAGAGUCGAACGGAAAUAACGGAAUCCGGGUGGCGCGUUUCGUGUUCUUGUUGACGUUUAAUUUGCUCGGGAACCUCAUGUUGUCAAGAGACUUGUUGGAUCCGGAUUCAAAGGAAGGGUCCGAAUUCUUCAGUGUCAUGACGAGGCUGAUGAAAUUGUCUGGGAACGGAAAUGUAGCAGAUUUUUUCCCAUGGUUGAAAUGGCUUGACCCUCAAGGACUUAAAAGGAAGACGAAGAAGAAUCUGGGUAAGGCUCUUGAAAUUGCUUCUAACUUCGUGAAAGAAAGAAUGGAAGAUAAGAAUUCAAGUGAAAAUAACAAGAGAGAUUUCUUGGAUAUGUUGCUUGAGUUCCAAGGAAAUGGCAAGGACGAGCCGGUUCAAUUAUCUCAACAAGACAUCUAUAUCUUUAUCCUGGAGCUAUUCAUGGCCGGGUCAGAAACAACAAGCAGCACCAUAGAAUGGGCAUUAACUGAGUUGCUUUGCAAUCCCAAGACCAUGAUGGAGGCGAAAGCAGAGCUUAGUGGUGUUGUAGGACCAAACAAAAGGGUAGAAGAGAGUGAUAUCGGAAACCUUCCUUACUUGAACGCAGUGAUCAAAGAAACAUUUCGGCUACCCCCAUUGCCAUUCCUUGUCCCAAGAAGGGCAAUGAAAGACACCGAGUUCAUGGGGUACCAAAUACCCCAAAACACACAAGUUCUCGUAAAUGCUUGGGCCAUCGGAAGGGAUCCAGAUGUGUGGGAUGACCCGUUUUCGUUCAAGCCCGAGCGGUUCAUCGGAUCGAAAAUCGACUACAAGGGCUAUAACUAUGAGCUGAUUCCUUUUGGAGCUGGAAGAAGAAUGUGCGCGGGUUUGGCACUGGGUGAGAGGGUGCUUCACCUCGUCUUAGGCUCAUUGCUUCACCAUUUUGAUUGGGAACUUGGAGGCAAUGUGACCAAAGAGACGAUUGACAUGAAAGAAGCAUUGGGUGUAACAAUGAGGAAAUUGGAACCAUUGCUUGCAGUUCCAAAAAUGUGCAUGAAAUCUGCAGAUUAAAGUAAACCGGGGUUAUUCCGGUUGACGGUCAAUUUACAAUCUU